AUGACUGUCACCUAUACGGCCCGAGUGGCGAAUGCCCGCUUUGGCGGCUUCUCGCAGCUGCUGCUGCUGUGGCGCGGAAGCAUCUACAAGCUCCUGUGGCGAGAGCUGCUCUGUUUCCUGGGGCUCUACAUGGCGCUAAGCGCCACCUAUCGCUUCUUACUGGCAGAGGAGCAGAAGCGCUACUUCGAGAAGCUUGUCAUAUACUGCGACCAGUACGCCAGCCUCAUCCCCGUCUCUUUCGUACUUGGCUUCUACGUGACUCUGGUGGUGCAUCGCUGGUGGAACCAGUAUCUAUGCAUGCCUCUGCCCGACGCGCUCAUGUGCGUGGUGGCCGGCACGGUGCACGGGCGCGACGACCGCGGCCGCCUCUACCGGCGCACUCUGCUGCGCUACGCAGGGCUCUCCGCGGUGCUGAUCCUCCGUUCUGUCAGCACGGCAGUCUUCAAGCGGUUCCCCACCAUAGACCAUGUGGUCGAGGCCGGAUUUAUGACCCGAGAGGAACGCAAGAAGUUCGAGAACUUGAACUCAUCCUACAACAAGUACUGGGUGCCCUGUGUGUGGUUCUCCAGCCUGGCUGCGCAGGCGCGGCGGGAGGGGCGCAUCCGCGACAACAGUGCCCUUAAGCUGCUACUAGAGGAGCUGAAUGUUUUUCGGAGCAAAUGUGGGAUGCUGUUUCACUACGACUGGAUUAGCAUACCCCUCGUCUACACCCAGGUAGUGACUAUCGCCGUGUACAGCUACUUCCUGGCUUGCCUCAUCGGCCGUCAGUUCCUCGACCCUGCACAGGGCUACAAAGACCACACCCUGGACCUGUGCAUUCCCAUCUUCACCUUGCUGCAAUUCUUCUUCUACGCUGGCUGGCUCAAGGUCGCAGAGCAGCUCAUUAACCCUUUCGGAGAGGACGACGACGACUUUGAGACCAACUUUCUUAUUGACCGCAACUUCCAGGUGUCGAUGCUAGCCGUAGACGAGAUGUAUGAUGACUUGGCCAUGCUGGAGAAGGAUCUCUACUGGGAUGCCGCUGAGGCUCGCGCGCCCUACACCGCGGCCACCGCCUUUCUGCUUCAGCAGCCCUCCUUCCAGGGCUCCACCUUCGAUAUAGCGCUGGCUAAAGAGGACAUGCAGUUCCAGCGGCUGGAUGGCGUGGACGGCCCGCUGGGAGAGGCGCACGGAGACUUUCUGCAGCGCCUCCUGCCAGCGGGGACGGGCUCUGCGGGUCCACUCGGGCGGCGCCUGUCGCUCCUAAGGCGUAAGAACAGCUGCGUGUCAGAGGCGUCCACCGCAGCCAGCUGCGGGUGUACCGGCACGGGGGAUGGCGGAGGCGUUGAGUGCGGCUGUGGUGACCCGUUGCUCGACCCCAGCCUGCGGGAGCCGGAGCUGGAGCCUCCGGUUUGUCCUGAGCCGCCUGCGCCCCUCCCGGGCCUGACUGCUGAACCUUUUACCACUGUGUCCAUGCCUGGGCCCCGGGCUCCUGCACCACCCUGGCUGCCCAGCCCUAUUGGAGAGGAAGAAGAGAGUCCGGCCUGAGGCCCAGGGACCAGGACCCCUACGGACAUCCAAUCUUGCACUGGGUAUGCUGGCGACCACCAAGGUCUGCAGCUAAGCCUGCGGAAGUUGAGCUGCCCAUUUUGACCAGCUGUGUCUCCCACUGGGCUGGAGGUGUUAGGGGUCCUUCUCCCAGCUGCUAUUGCUUUUUUUUUGUUGUUGUUCUUUUCUCUCCUACUCCCAGCUUCUUCAAGUGGAUUGGCUUCCCAAGCACCGUCAGCUGACUGGCUGCUUCUUCUGGCCAGUAGCCUGUGUUCUUCCCUUCCAUGGAACUGGAGUGCCUACCUCAUGAACUUGUGAGGACGAAAACAAAAUAAAUGAAACGAUGUCUUUAAAGCAGUUGGUUUAUAGUAGGCAUCCAAUAAAUGGUUAUCACUGAAGUGAUGUUUCUAGCCAGAUCGUUUACAAGAUCUGAGUCUUCCUCCAGGCUAGCUUUUUUUUUUUUUUUUUUUUUUUUGAAUACAGGGUAUCACUGUGCAGCAGCCCUGUCUGGCCUGUAUUUCCUAGUAUACACUAGACUGUCUUGGAACUCACAUUCACUUCCUUGCCUACCUAGCAUCGGCCUUAAGUGUUAACUUCUUUCUUGAUGUUCUAGUCCUCCCCCGCUCCCAAUUUUGAUGUAUACCCUUGGUAUUAUUCACUGGUGAUAGAGAAAUGCUGCCUGGUGAUCAGGGCCUUCAGCGUGCUAGACAAACACUUGGAUGGAGCUAUUUUCUCAGGCCUACUCAUUAAUGCAGUAGCCACCGUCUCAAAGCAACGGUUUUUCCCCUUGCUCCAAGCACCUGCAAUUUCUCGGUACUUCAGGUCCUGUGUGUGUGGUGCUGGGAGAUGCAGCCAGGCCCUCCAGAAUCCUAGAUAAGCCAGGCAGCUCAGCUGCUCUGCCACUGUGCUUCGCCUCAGAUACCCUGUAAGACCUGGAGUCUCACUGCUCAGGAGCUCAGGAUCACGGCCUUCCCAGGAACUCUCACAGACCACAGCUCGAUGUAAAAGCAAGAGGUUUAUUUCAAUUGUAAUAGGGCCACCCCUCCAAAGACAGGAGACGACUCCAAACAUGCAAAGCACAGGGUUUUUAUACCUGAAAAUCAGAUCACUUUUGCUCUAUACAUUGAUUGGUUACAGCUGGUUGUUUCUCCGAACAGUUCACCCUGCCCUUCAAGAACUAUCUGCACCUGGCUUCAAUUCAAAGAAUCAUAGUUGUUUUUCUCAUUCCCGGGGGGUCCCUCAACCCCAGGUUUAUUGGCUCAAAUUUUCUCUUUGUUUGGCAAUUACUGUUUUGCUUUGUGGUGGUGGUGGUUUGGGGUUUCUUGUUUUUUGUUGUUUUUUUUUUGUUUGUUAUUGUUGUUUUAGUGUUUUGAAAUAGAGUUUCUCUCCAUUGUUCUGAUUGUCCUGGAACUCCAUCUGUAGAUCAGGCUAGCUUAAGAACUAAGAGAUCCACCUGUUUCUACCUCCAAAGUGUUGGGAUUAAAGGCAUGUGCCCUGCUGCCUGGCUGCAAUUAUUAUCUUGCAUGUAUAAGCAUUUGCCUACAUUUUGUCUGUGUGAUUGCCUGGUUCCCUCCAGGGCCAGAACAGGAGUUGAAUUCCCUGGAACUGGAGCUACAAACAGUUGUGGGCUGUCCUGUGGGUGCUGCAAAUCAAAUCCAAGCAGACAGUGAACAGCUAAGAUCUCUAU